CUUUGAUAUUAAUAAUUCUGUUCAAUUUAAAUAAAUCUUUAAACUAUUAUAUUAACCUCCCUUUUUUUAAAAGAUGAAAAAAGAUCAUAGUUAAACUCACCUCAUUAUGCCUCCUUUUUUACUGCAAUGUCAGAAUUGGGCUUUCAAUUAUCGUACUAAGACCAGUAAGGGAGAUGGAGCUUUAUACAAAGUAGGCCCCUUUUUUCUUUUAAAAGCAUGUAUAGUCAGAUCUUGUAAAUUCAAUGUUGAUCUGGGUUAGAUGACAUAUUUCAUGAAAAAAAAUUCGAGUUUAUACAGUAGCACAAGGAGCGUCAUCACUUCUUUUUUUCCGUUUUAGCCAUGGACGUGAUGGAUGAGUAUAAACAGUUCAUUCAUGAUUCAAGGCCUGCCCAUUAUACCAGACGUUGGGUUCGAAAAAUGAAAUCAUAUCCUGAUCAUCUAAGAAUUCAAGGAUCUGUCAUACCCACGAUUACGCCCCUAAUUAUCCUUAUUGCUAUCUAUACCUAUUUCAUUGGAGUCAUGUAUAUCUCUUGGGGUUGGGAACACGUAGCGAUUAGCAAUUCUGUAGUACCUGCUUUAUCUGUCGUUCUUGGUCUACUAUUAGCCUUUCGAGCCAAUACCUCAUACGCUCGUUAUUAUGAAGGCCGACAGUUGUGGCAAGAUUUGACAAGCAACGUGAGAAAUCUGGCUCGCCUGAUCUGGGUGAGUAUCCCUGAACGUACUCAAAACGAUCAUUUGGAGAAGAUGCGAUGCAUGAAGCUUGUCUUGGCAUUUGCGAUUGCUACGAAACAUUAUCUUCGUCGAGAGUAUGGAAUAGACUAUUACGAUUUAGAUUACCUCCUGCCACCUAAUUGGGUACCCGCGACUGCGGACGAUCAAUUGCUUGAUUCAGAUGACAACGGCGGAGCUCAUGGCGGUGACGAUGCAUUGGUUCCGGAUCACCAUCAGGAUCACCACCAGGAAGAGCACUUGAUGGAGACCAAUGAGGGCGGUGAUAAGCGAACGGAUAUAGACAACCGACCGAUAUCUGUAACACCCACGGUAGCAGGGAGCUCCAAUGCAAGUAAUAGCAGUGUGAAAUCAGGAAAGAGAAUGAAAAAAAAGAAGUUUAUAAGUGAGGAGGACUUGCCGGAUGAAGGAAUUGCAGAUAUGUCCUUGCCCUUGGAAAUUAUCUUUCGUAUGAGUCUGUAUAUGCAACAAGCCAAGACAACAGGUAAAGUUGAUGAUACAUUCUCGAAUGUAAUCAUCAACCAUUUAAACAACCUGAACGAUUGUUUGGCAAGCAUGGAGCGUAUUGUGAAUACACCCAUCCCUGCUGUCUACGUCAUUCAUUUAAAACAAUCUCUGGCUCUUUACCUGCUGGCCAUUCCAUUCACGCUUAUAUCAGAACUUAAAUGGUGGGUCGUCCCAACUCUCAUCUUGGCUUCAUUCACACUAUUCGGAAUUGAUGCCAUUGGUGCACAAAUCGAUAAUCCGUUUGGUUACAACAACAACGAUUUACCCUUGAACACAUUUUGCGAUUCCUUACGCAAGGAAAUCGAAUUCAUCGUCUAUCACUUACCUUGUGAGGCAGAGAAUGCCUUGAUGAUUUAGGGUUCUCUUCUUUUUCAAAGAUUGUCACACGUCACGUAUACUUUUUUUUGUGAUGGGAAAAAUAAAAAAAAUGAAAUAAACUUUUGGACGCACAGACGAAAAAAAAAGACAUAUCACGGGAACCAUGGCAACCAAGUUCCAAUAUCCAAUGAUGAUGAUAAUGUCGAUGCUGAUGAAUAAGAUAGGUUAUGUGUCUUAUUGCUGGCUUCAUUCAAGGAUGAUAGAGAGGGUAAUUCAAAUAGACAAUGAACUUGUACCAUUACUACUUGUAGUACAAAAGGUCAUGAAAAAAAGGGAAAACAAGAGGGAAAAAAACGAAAUGUAAAGUAAGGGAUUUUGAUAACACAUGG